AUGCGACCAUCAGUCAUGCUCAAAGGUGUCGCUGAGGACGCAUCGUCUCAUUUGGCCAAGGUCUUUCAGAAUGCCCCUAGCCACCGCCCCAAACUCGUCUCUCGCUUUCGAGCCCAACGACUGCCGCCUACCAAUCAACCAAGGUUCCUGAUAUUGAAUAAUGUCCCGAAAUUGGCCCUCCCUCAAGAUGUUUUGCGUGCCCUCCAAGAUGCGAAGGCUGUCGGGAAGUCGUUUCCUCUAUCCUCGAUCACCGCUUCACCUCCCUCUCUCCCCCGUAUGCCGUCUCUCACCAGAAAAUGGCACAUCGAGCUUGAGAGCCCGAGACAAGCGUUGGCCAUCCAUGCUCACGUGAAUGCCCACCCUUUGUUCGCGACAUCCUCCUCGACUCUCCCCUACCCCACUGGGGAAAGCCCCAAGCGUAACUUGAACCUGAACCCCAAACUUCACAUGCUGGAGGCCGCCCAACUCACAUUGAGCAACAAAGAGGAAUGGACAGAGGCUACCAUCGAGAUGGCUACGAGGAACGAGCUGAAAGGGACAAGAGACGUGGACUGGAGAUCGACGGAAAGCUGGAAAUUAACGGUUGAUUGGGCAUUACAACCUGAAUUUAGGGGGCGCAGAGUUGUCGUGAGAGGAUUGCCAGGCGGAGUCACUGUAUCAGACCUAGAUCGAUUGGCAAGUGGAUGCUCCUUGAGGGAGGCAAAGGAUGCGAUAUUGAAAUUGCCACAGUCAGUAUAUUCUCUCAACACCACUUGCUGUUUCACCCUGGCCUCUGUGGCCGACGCCCACAGGUUGGUCCGCAAAGUCCACAUGAAAUGGUACAAGUCCUCAAUAUUCGGCGAGGAGUAUCUUAUGCGGGCUGAAAUUGUCAAUUAA